AUGGUGAUUACCGCUCUGUGCCAAUUGACCUUGCUUGGGCUGGCAAGCGCCCAGGUUGUCAAACGUCCACUCCUCAACUCCGUCGAUGAGUUGCUUCCCAAGAUCGAUGCUGUUCUACCGGCUGCGCAGAAGUACAGUUUGACGAAAUGGACUACAGCUGAGGUUGACCAAGUGGUGCCACUUAACCCACUUUGGCGUGAUACCCUUGAGGACGAAGACAGCGAAUUCUAUUGCAAAAAUGACCUUACUGUCUACAAUGUCACUUUCAUCGAUUGCCCCGAGCCCUGGCUUGUAGGCCACUGCGCCAAGGCGGAGACAACCAAAGAGGCCACAUUUGACUUGCUUGGGCGUCUCCCGUCAAGUGCCCGUGGUGUGAUAUCUGAUCUUCUGCUCACGGUAAUGAGGCCAGGCUUCAGCAUGCGAGCGGCCUAUGAGAAUUCUGUGGUUUUUGCAGCAAGACCUGCACCAUACGAUGAGUUCAGAAUGAUGGUGACAGCACUCCGGAUCGGAUCGCCUGGCAUCCCUGAAGACGAGUUUGAAGAGGCUGUUGCUGCUGACAGCUGUGUAGCUGAUCAACCCGCUGCAGACAAAAUUGAAAAGGAGGGUGAAUAUCAAAGUGCUCUAGAGGCCGGUUUGAUAGUCGUGGCGUAUUUAAAACUCGUCAAAAGUCCUCCUUUGGACGCAAGCUGCAUGCAAAAACAGCUCGACUUUCUGAAGCCGUAUCUGGAUGCAAGAUGGGAUGCGCCGGGCGAAUGUCCGAAUAAGGUGCCACCCAACAUUUCCAAGUACAAGCCUGUCGCAUUCCCGGAUGGACUACAGGUACUCGAUGUCGACCCUGUUCCGGCACCUCGUGCAACAGUGGUUCAAUGGGACAAGUCUGAUGGCUAUCCUGAGCUUUGCUGGAAGCUAUCUCAAAUACCUAAGAUGGGCGGACCCGAUCCGUGGUGUAAGGCUGAGAACCUGAAUAUUUACAAUGUCACCUACUCAGACUGUCCGGAUCAGGACCCCUGGGCCCUCUGCCAUUGCAGUGACGCCCAAAUUUCGGCGGAUUCCAUGGUGACAAAGUUUGGUCGUCUGACUCCGGGCCUACGAAGCCAUGUUCGCCAUCUGCUCGUCCUCAACUAUGAUGGUAUCGGCGCCAGUGAUAGUGCGCCAGACUAUCAAUUUAUCUUUUCUGCAGGCGACGCUCCGGACAGCUCACUCAUGACCGCUGCAACCACCUUGCUUGCCGACGGAUUCUACUACACCGAUACUUGGAUAAACGCCACCUCACGGGAUACAUGCUGGCCGACGAUGCCCUACAACGUCAAAUCACCAUGGUAUGAAAUAUUUUCUGCAACAGGUGCGAUAUAUCUUUACGAUAGCAGUGGCAAGUCGAUGCUCGAGCGCGGGUAUGAUGUAUCCUGCAUGUCAAAUGGGUUGAGGGCGCUGGGAGCCUACGAUGGUAGCGAUUUUAAACAAGGAGGCAAAUGCUUCAAGCGAAAACCCAACGACCCGAUCGUUCACCCUGAUACCAACAACCUUCUACCCUCAGGGCCAAAUGCGGUUAGUGAGGGGAUAAUGAAGAAGCUAUUCCGCCCCUCCUCAGUCUGGAAGGAAAUAAGAAAAAGUAAUUAG